AUGAUAUUACUCAUUGGACUGGUUAUAUUGAUGGUCCAGAAGACACACCCACCUGAAGUUCGUUUCAUCACGCCGGUUUUUCACCCAAAUAUCAGCGAUGAGGGAGAAAUCUGUUUGGAUAUUUUACAUUCUCAAUGGUCACCUGCAUUGACUAUACGUGGUCUUCUUAUCUCAUUGUGUUCGUUAUUGACGGAUCCAAAUCCUGAACAUGGAUUGAACAAAGAAGCAUUGGUUCUUUAUCGAACAAAUCAAGAAAAAUACAACGAAAAAGUCAAAGAAUGGACAAGAAAUAAUCGUAUUUUCACUCGAAAAAGUAUUAUAUUAUUCACAGCUAUUAUUCUUGGUUUUGCUGUAGUUAUUAUGACUAUUAUGAUUCCAUUAGUUACAAAAAGUAUUCCUUUACCAAGCACGAUGAACAUCACCAAUGAAACGACACCAACGCUUUUGGUUCGAACUUCCUCAACUACAACUAUGAAAACGUUUACAAAUGAGAUUUUUACUUCGUAUUCGAAUGUAAUUUCAACAGCAUUGAGUAAUCACACAAUCAAAUGA